AUGUCUUACUCCAGCGGUGUUGAGCAGAUCACGUUCAUCUGGAGGACAAACGGGUGGGCUCUGGGCAAAGUCCUUUAUGUCUUCGCUCGCUAUACACCAUUUGUCUCGUUACCUUUGGCACUAGCGAGUCAAUUCAUCCAUCCCUCCGACCUGCAGGUGUGCACAUCGCUUCUUUUUGUGGUAAAUGGCCUAUUUGCCCUGAGAAACUACGCAAUGUGGCAGAAGCAUAGGAUCAUGGCCGCAAUCGCCCUCUUCCUUUUGGUGUCGGCACUUACGGUCGUCAUCACAAUCCUCGUCAAGUUCUUGCCCUCGAUAACUUUCGCGUCAUCACCAAUCCCGAGUAUAAUCGGUUGCUUCAAAACAGGCGCCGAUUCAGCGGUCUUUGGCGCGUAUAUUGUAAUCAUUGUGUCAGAAUCAGCGUAUGUUGCUUGA